AUGCCAAAACGAUACCUCAAUGUUGAAUACGGCACACUUACUGCUGAAAUCGAUGUGACUGACUUUGAAGACCUGAGUGACGUUCAUGAUGCUAUCAAGGCAGAGGAACCAAGCAAAAGUAUCAUUUUUGAUGCAGGUUCUACUUCUUUAUCAACAGCAAACCAUCAAGACUUUUCUCCUAAACGACAACGUACCGAACCCAAUGAUUUGACAACCCAAUUCAAGUCGUUUGCAAACGCCCAGCUGAUCGAUGAAUGCAUACAGUCGACAGAUCAUGUCCUUUUCCCAUACACCCAAGACAAAAUACAAAAACUAUAUGUUAGAGAGUGCUAUCAUGAUGUGUUUGGCUUGCUUUUGGAUCAAAUUGAUCGUGGCAUCGAAUCAUUUGCAAUAUCUGGAACAUCAGGCAUCGGAAAAUCAUCAUGUUGCAUUGUAUUGUUCAUGUCAUCUCCUCGGUCUGAAGGAUACAAGGAAUUCGUCAAACAAAAGAUGGCAAGGGAAUGGUAUUUUCCUGUUUGGACUUUGGACGAGUUACAGACUUGUCGACGUCAUUGCUAUCCGGAUGUACCCAUUGAGACUAUCAAUGAGAGAUAUCGCAUGUAUGGUGGUGUAGCUCGUUCUGUCUUUGAUAUUGUAUCAAAUCCAAUGGAGAAAGCUUUGGCUGAUGUUGAUGCAGUCAAAGGGCAAAUGUUUGAUGGUAUUCCAACCGAGAUUUCAAGACAUUUGUUUGAAAUAUACGGACAUGUGGUUUUUUGUACUGGUGGACAAACUCUCAAAUGCAGAUGCCUGAAAGAUGGUACAGUGACAAAGAUUACUUUGGAUGCACUCAAUGGCCAACGAAUUACAUUUGGAAUAAAUACUAUCCCUACUGCAGCAGCACUUGAUGGCAACUAUUACGAACCGACAGAUGACGAUAAUUUUGUGGCAAUUGAUUCACUCAGUCAACAGGGAAUGUUUCAAUUUACAGUUGCUGAACAUCUAAUUCGCGAAGUUGAUAUUCUUACAAAACUGUGCAAUUUGUAUGAUGAACCCAAACUUUAUUUUGUGGUUCCACCUCACCAGUUUAAAGGGUUCAAAAAGCAGAGUUUCAACCCAAUUGAUGGCAUAGAGCAGGAUAUCACACCUGACAACUUUGAAUCAAAUUUAGCAGUGAUUAUAGGUGAAAACACCAAUCUAGCACAACAACAAUUCCAGACAAUUCCAGACAAUCCGAUUCUGAUUAGUUCUAAAACCAGAAUUCACAUUGUAACCACAACCCAAAUGCGUUCAAUAUCAAUCACAAUCAUCAUGGACGAAUGUAUCAAAGUAUGUCGUCAACUUUUGAAUAUUUUAGCAGUCUUGCUUAAAACAAGUGGUAUCAUCCAGUGCACUACAUAUACUACUCAUGAAACACACAAACUUCAAAUAACCAUGCAACUAUAUGUUCAAACUCUGCUCCAAAUAUAUGUUGUUGUAUACAGCAAACCUGGUAAAGUGUUGUAUUUUAUCAUGGCUGCAUUGUUCCGAGACAUAAUUCGAGGCUUGCUACAAUGGGUUACUGGAUUUGAUAUCCAAUAG